AGGCGCCGCUGGAAUGCGGCGCGUCACGGAUCACGUGACGGACGCGGAGUGGGGAGCCGGCGUGUCACGUGACAGGCGCGGAGUGGGGGAACAGCUGCAUACUUGUCAGUAAUAGCUCGCCGUGUCGCACGUGUUUGGUUGAAUUUUAUUUAUUCAAUCAUAUGAUAAAGAUAUGAAUGUGUCAUAAUUAAAAAAACAUUGAUAUAAUAAUUACAAUAAAUAAACUUUUUUUGAUUAGCGUCUUUAAGUGAGCUUUCAAAAAUGUUACUCAAUGCGGUGCAGUUAUCUGUUAGAACGAUUUGCAAUAGAAAUCUUUUGAGAUCAGUGGAUCUAAGAACGAAAAUUAAAUGCAGAUAUGCUAGGUGGACUAGUCGGACUCCUAGUGCAAUUGUCAAUGAAGAUGAGCUUUUCGAUAUUACGCCUGAUGCUACAGAAACAAAAUCUAAAAUGCAUGCAGAAGCUUUUAAAACACGUAAGGAAAGAUAAAAACCACAAAAAGUCAGAGAAAAGAAGAGAAAGGAGAAAGCUAAUAACGUAGAAGUAGUCACGGAACAAGGAUACAAAUGCUUAAAAGCAGAUGACAGGCUUGUAAGUUCUUUAUUGAUAAACGUCAAAACAAGAAACAAAAGAGAGAAGACCCAAAGUAUGUUGUUAGAAGGCUUUCGAUUAAUUAAAGACGCACUUCAAGCAGGGACAGAACCAAAAGCGAUCCUCUUCAGUAGAUUAUCUGACAUACUACCAUUAUCGCUAUCCAAGAAAGUAAAAUUGUAUAAAGUUCCAUAUCGUACAAUUCAGUUGUGGUCUAACUUAACAACUUCUCCUGGACUAAUUGGAGUUUUUGAGAUCCCAAAUAUGACUGCCAAGCAACCUGCCAAUGAUGCUAUACCUCUGACCAUUAUUUGCGACAAUAUUAGAGAUCCUGGAAAUUUAGGAACUAUUGUAAGAGCUGCUGCAGCAGUUGGUUGUGAAAAGCUGCUGUUAAUGAAAGGAUGUACAGAUGUAUGGGAUUCUAAAGUCUUGCGCAGUGCUGUUGGGGCACAUUUUCGUGUACCAAUACAUACAUCUGUUUCAUGGGAUGAUGUUCCAACGUUAAUAAGCAACGAAUCAAUGGUAUAUCUAGCAGACAACAAUGUGGUGUAUGAAAAUGAGUUGAAAGAUAAUACGAUUAAUCCAGACUUGAAUGUAAGUACCAAAGUUGAUGAUAAUGAUGUAAAACAAGAUGAUUACGAUGCCAACAGUGAUCAAAUUCAAAAUGAUAAUCCAGUAGAAGACACUGUAGACGAAUUGUUAGACAAAGUUAAAACGAACAAACCAACUGCAAAAACCAAGUCACUAAUGAGAAAAUUAAUAUCUCAACUCCCAGUUGAACCUUAUUAUAAAUUAGACUUUGCAAAGAAAGAAAUGGUGCUUGUUAUCGGUGGGGAAACUGAGGGUGUAAGUCUCGAAUCGUGCAAAUUGCUUCACGCGAGAAAUUGUAUUCGUCUGAAUGUACCGCUAACUAAUGGUGUUGACAGUUUAAAUGUAGGUGUAGCUGUUGGUAUCGUGACAUUUGAAAUGAAAAGACAGUUUGUGACCCGUAAUAUAAAUGAAUAAAAUUAUUCUUUUAUA